AUGGCAUUGCUUCGGCGUCAAGAUGGCUCGGACUCGCCAGCGGUAGCGGCAACGACAACAACGAUCGCAACCACGACACCCAUCGGUGGUCCGCCCAACGACAGCGGUUUGAGGAACAGUCAAUCAGACGCUCUAGCUACACCUUGGGUCACCUCGUCCACCAACACUGGUACAUCAAGUAAUGGUGCUACCCAAACGCCCAAAUCAUAUCGCACAAUCAACAUCACAUCGAUAUACCUGGACUUUUCAGCAACGCCCUCGCCAAUCUGGCUGACUGCUUCAUUAGGAAAUAUCACGUUCCCAGCCAACGCGAAGCCCUAUGACAUAGGUAGUGGGAGCCUGACAAUGCAGGGACCAGUUGAUGGUAAACCGUGGAACACGACGCCAUAUAACACCAGCGUCAACUGGAAGCUGUCCGAAGCUGAAGCAUGGACGAGCUCAAAGCGGAAAGAACGCAGACAGCGACGAGAUACGCAUAUUCGAAACACCUUCGACCCGAAGCUGUUGCCACUCCCGUUUCCAGAUGUUGCACAGUCCACGAUGGAUGAACGAAAGGAUUCCGACAUCCAGCCCGAAGUCCCGCCCAAGGAGCGUCGACCGUCAACACAGCUGCACCCUCGGCGUCCUGACUCGCGCCACCUAAGCAUCGAUGGGACCAGUGUUCGAACAACGACCAGUGCUACUGCCAAGAGAGCUUCUGUAUCCGACAAGCGUCAAAGCUUCCCGACCAUGCUACUCAACAACAGACCCCGACGAGCACUCUCUACGAGUGCUGGGGGUCUCAUCAGCCCUGUCGCUGCGGCACACCAAGUUUCGGAUGAACAAGGUCUGGAGACCGUGGUCAAGCAUCUUCGUACGCAGAUCUCGACACUGUUCGAGCAGAUUGAGAUGCAUGUCGACAACUUCUACCAAGCCUCAACAGCUCAUGGUCAAGCCUUGUCCAGAACAGAGCAGGACAGACUCCGGUAUGUCGAAUCGCCGCAUCUUGAGGACUCCAUUGUGGCACUGCUGCCGGCUGCCGAAGACACGCGAGUCCUCAUCAAGCACUGUCUUACAGAGUAUAUCACCUCCAGACUUGACUACACAAGCCGAUGCGAGUAUGAUCAUGCGCUUCUGCCGAGGAGCCUGCUGGCAAUGUACAGACUCAUCGCGGCUUCCAACAAAGAUGAUGGACCUCAGGAGCUCGCCCGUUGGCGUAUAGAGACGUUGGGUCUGCUUGGGCUCGACAACGUCGAAAAGUCAAUGGCCAGCACGGUCCGAGAUGCGUCAGAACGGGUUACAUUGGCGUUCAGACCAUGGAUUGUGAAGCGGUAUAGCUCUGAGGCCAGGUCAAGUCACCUAGCGAGCAUCUUUCGGGAAGCGGUCGAGUUGGGAUUGGAGAUCUUCGGUAUGCAUGGUCGUGGAAUUUGGGUAUGGGAGAGUGGCGAGAGUUCGGGCCAAAUCGUGCUGUGUCCUGGUUUCAACGUCCGUUUCGAUGUUGGCCAUGACGAUGGGGAGGCGCGCAUGAUCGAGGUGCUGAGACCGAUGUUGGCCACUCCGUAA